UCAUAGUUACACUGCUCUGUUUUCUCAGUGUUAUGAAUUGCAGAAUCGAUGAUUUAGAACGAAUAAGUUUUUCUCUAGCUUUGAUUGAUUUUUAGAUGCUUUGAGCUUUUGAAUUUUCGUUCAUUUAAAUCUCCAAAGUUCCGGUACUCUGUUUUCUCUAUUCUUCGAUUAGAAAAUUGAUUCAACAUGCUCUGUUUAAAUGUCUCUGGUUGAUUUUCUGAAUUAAACAUGCACAAAAAAUUGUAGGCGGUGCGAAGGAGACGAUCCAAGAGCUUAUGCAUUUCUGAUUGCCUGAAAAUCAGCUCCGGCAAGCCGAAACCGGCGUUUUCUCUGGCUACCUCUUGCACAUCAGCUUCGUCGUGCGUGUCCAAUGAUUCUACUGCCGCCGGCGACAUCUCAAGCGGCGGAAGCUGUGAGGCAGUACUAAAGGAAAGAGAGUGUGUUCCAAGGAAGAUGAAGGUGAUUUUCUCAGCUCACAUGCGGCGUCGAGCUGAAGCCAUAUUGAAGGUGUUGUCUUCUCAUGGUUGUGCUUCUGAAGUUAGGAUUCGUCAACUGCUUGGUGAUAGCCCUGAUACCAGCAAAGCCUUGAGAAUAUUGUUGAGGCUAGAAGAAGUGAAGAGGACAGGGGCUGGAGGUCGCACAGAUCCCUAUGUUUAUGUGGUAAGUUAAAUUUCGAAAUUUGAAAAGUGUCACAUGAAUUGAGACGAAAGGAGUAAUUAAUAGUCAUUUGUUUGAAGUAAUACGUAUCAAUCUGAUUUACUAGUUUACACUUUCUAACUUUGACCAUCCUUUUUGUUUAAUGCUUUUCAACCUUUUGUUUGCUGCAGAUAAGUUGACAAGUUAGAUAACAUCAAAACAAAAGUGGAUCAAGUUUGUAGAUUUGGAAAAUAAAUUACCCAAGAGAGCCUGAAUAUAUAUAUUUUUUUAUAUAAAUAAAUGAAACAAAAUUAUAAUUCCAAAGUUUAGUAGGUAGAUUAGAGAAUCCUAAGUCAACAGAAAUGGUGAAUUACUUGGUGUUCAGACGAUUCACUAGAAAAUUGACUAUAUUACAGUAAUUACUAUGCUUCUUCGUUAUUAUGGUUCAAAAUGAAAUGUAAUAAAAAUUUUAUGGUAGAAUUUUGAAUUGAACUAAUAAUGUUUUAAUUUUUGACCUGUCUAUUACAGCUUACAAUAUUAUUUAGAGACUGUUGACUACUAUUUUUCAUAUCACAACGAACACAAGUAGUUAUUUAAGAUGCUCGAUCAAGCUUGUUAAGAGCGUGAAUUAGAGAUAACUAAUCCAAGGUUUAACAAUUCUUGGAUAAGACCUCUAAAUGACUAAAC